AAGCAGCAGCACAUUGUGCUGAUCAGCGGGGGCAAAGCAGGAUAAGCGCAACCCGUUCUAUUUCCUAUUUCGUCUCAUCCGAAGUCAGAGGGAAACAGGAAAGCUGGGGGGCGCGUGAAACCUCACCCUCAUUUCCACACAACACAGCAAGUCCUGCGCGUGUGCUGCGUUCAGCUCGAAGCGGGGAACUUACUGGGGAACAGUGCCAGCAGAUUAUCUGUAAGGUGUUGUGUCAGUUCUGCGGAAGGAAGGGAAAGGCGACAUUUCCCGGGAGGAACUCCGCAAGUCUUGGAAACUUCCCAGUGAAGCAUCGAUUAAGGACCCCCCGCCCACUUUGCCUCUAUUCCACAGUAUACUGGGAGAGAGAGAGAGAGAGAGAGAGAGAGAGAGGGAGAGUUGUGCAGCCGCUGCGGUGCAUGGAGCAACAAAGGCUGAAUGGUUAAACUCGAAGAGCCGCUUUGAAAAGAGCCCAGCUCUCGUUGCUCUGCGUGUUUUCCUAAACACACCAUCUGCCUCCGCUUGGAUCGGGAUCAUUUGUGGGACCCGAACAGCUGCUACUUUUUACACUAACUCUCGCCGCGGACGCGACAUUGAUGCUCGGGCACCGCCGUCAUCCCCCUAGUUUUGCGAAAGUCUGCUUCUGCGGCCGCUCACUGAGGGAAGUGGACUAGUCGGUGGCCAAAGUGGGAUUUGCAGAAGUUGCACACAUUUCACCCACUCGCGGGUUUACAAGAGUAAGAUCCGGAUAGUCGAGGUGCCAUGGCGAUGUGCGUGGGGAUGUGGAUACUCCUGUUGGCGCUGCACAUCCACGGUGGCAAUGGACAAAUGGUACAGAUGGAUCCCAGUAAGUCUGGAUUUGUGGGUUCACAAGUGGAGCUGCGCUGCAUUUUCAUCAACAGCAACCCCCCGGUCAAGAUCUCCCAAGUCACCUGGCAGAAGUUCCUCAACGGCACCAAGCAAAACGUGGCCAUAGCCAACCCGGCCCUCGGCGUGUCCGUCCUGCCGCCCUUCAAGGAGCGGGUCAGCUUCAAGCAGGCCGCAGUGCUCCAUAGCAAGCCCUCACUGGAGGACACCACCAUUGUGUUCUCCAACCUGCAGCUGUCCGAUGAAGCGGCCUACAUCUGCGAGUACACCACGUUCCCGGCCGGCAACAGAGAGAACAUGGUCAACCUCACUGUGUUUGCUCGUCCUAUGACACGUUUGAGCUUGACGACGCCCACCAUCGUGGCUAGGGGUCAGAAACGCAAGAUGACCGUUGCCACGUGUGUGUCGGCCAAUGGCAAACCCCCGAGCGUGAUCAAGUGGGAGACCAGGCUGAAGGGCGAGGCCACUUUCCAGGAGGUUCGCAACCAAAACGGGACGGUGACAGUACGCAGCAACUACGUGGUGAUACCGAGCCGCGAGACCCACAAGCAGAAGCUCACGUGUAUCGUGACGUACCGGGAAGAAAGGAUCACGGACAGCGUGGUGCUCAACGUCCAAUAUGAACCCGAUGUAAAGAUCGAGGGGUUUGAUGGAAACUGGUACCUGAACCGUCAGAACGUUCAGCUGACCUGCAGGGCUGAUGCCAACCCCCCUGUCACUGUCUACCAGUGGAAACUCUUGAAUGGCUCCCUGCCCACUAAUGUGGAGAUCAAGAACAACACCCUGUUCUUCAAGGGGCCGGUGACCUACGACCUCGCUGGCACGUAUGUCUGCGACGCAACCAAUGGAAUUGGGACCCGUACUGGCAGCGUGGAUCUCAACAUCACAGAAUUCCCUAUCAACCCGACAAAUGGGGGCCAAGAGAUCACGCAGGAGCACAAUGCAGGUGCCGCCAUCGGGGGAGCUGUGGGGGGCGUCGCCCUGUUGGGCUUAGCGGCCAUACUGCUCUUCGUAUUCCUUCGCCGCCGCCAGCGCACCUUCAAGGGCGACUACAGCACCAAGAAACACGUGUUCGGGAACGGGUACAGCAAGGCCGGCGGCCUGCCCGCCCAUCCCCCGAUCCCCAAGAACCUGCAGUACCCGGACGACUCCGACGACGAGAAGAAACCCGCCCAGAUCGGCGGCACCGGGGGCUUCGAGGCGAGCGAGCGCGACUUUGAAGCCGAAGCCGAGGACCUGAAGAGGCCCUAUUUCACUGUGGAUGAGGGAGAGAGCCGAGAUUAUGACGAGCGGACUCUGGCCUUCCAGUACGAUCCCGAACCUGAGCUAGCCGAUGAUAUGAUCUCUCAAACCGAUGGCUCCGUCAUUUCUAAGAAAGAGUGGUAUGUGUAGGGGCAUGCAACAACCAAACCAAACAACCCCCCCGGGUGUCCUCCCCACCCCACCUGCAUUCCACUGCACCCUCCACCUUCAUCACAACCCAACCCUCCCAUUCAUCAAACUGCACCUGUCACAGUCCUGUUUCCCCCCCCCCCCCCCCAUGAGACCCCAUCCAAACGUAUCUUAACUAGAAAAAUCAAGCGUCUAAAUAGCAACGUCCACUUCUCCGCGCGACAGGAUUGGUGUCAGUUCCAUCAGGUAAACGGGCAAAAAUAAAAACUAAGGUAUGUAAACCGACUUGUUGUCGCUGACCCUUGAGGUCCAGCGAGGUCAUUGGUUGAUUAAUACUGGUGUAUUAUUAUUUUUGUGUAUUUUAUUUUUCUUGUCAUAGAUGUAUUAAAUGUAUAAAAAUGAGACUGCAGGUUAAGGUUUUGGUGAGCACAUAUGUGAAAGUCCUACACUGGAUGUAAGAUUGGAUUGUUUUUCUUUUUCUUCUUUUUUUACCAUUGCCUUUUUUUUGGUCAUUUUUAUGAUGUGUUUUUGUACGACUUUUUUUUUUUAAGUGAGCAGAGAAUCGAGAGUUAAAUAUCGGACAUAACCUUUAGGUGGCGUUUUAAGUGUUUGUAAUUCUGUGGUCAAACGAAUAAGAGAAACAAAAAAACAGGAAAAUGACACCAUACAUCACCCGGUUUCAUUUCUCAUGUUUCUCGCUGGGGUUUUGUGUCCAUGAGAUGUGUCACUUUUGUAUAUUUACAGCAUGAGAAACAGACAUGUUAUUGCUGUUUUCCCAAAGACAUGUUUAGUAUUUCAUGACCCUCCGUGUUUAUAUGCUCCAUGUGGUUCUUCACCGAGGGGGAGUCGGUCUACUGAGCUGUAAUGACAUCGCAGUAACAGAUAAAUACUGAGUGUUUUCACUUUUUUUUUUUGAUCAUGUCAAAAUAAAAGUCCCACAUCAGUGAGUCAGAUUAGCAAGAGGGUGAGACUGGCUGCUGUAGUAUACCGUCUGCUUUUGUGUGACAUUAUCACAAAAACCAGAAUGUAUACUACUGUAUAUACUCACAUCACAAGGUUUGGUAAGUCCCACAGUGAAACCUUCAUUAAUGCUCUGAAAUGUCAUUAUUGUCACUUGACUUGAACCUGUGUACAACAAACUCGAAAUCUUACCACUAGAAUGGAAUUCCUUUUGUAUGUGUGGGUGUUUAUGGGCGAGUGUGUAUAUGUGUGUGUGUGUGUGUGCGCGUGCCGAGUUGUCAUCAUUAUGUUAUAACCCUGUUUUUAAUCAAGUGGACGUCAAGAGAAAGUAGCCUGGGGGAAUUUCCUAAUAAUGACUUAGUCUCGACUUAUAAUUGUGUGACUCCGUACUGAAAGCAUUGGCUUAAGCCUCCCCAGUCACAACAGCAGCGUUUUUCUAUGAGGAGUCACUCACGGACGCAAAGGACACGGACAAUGUCAACUCAUGCUUUUCUUUUUAUGUCUACGGACAAAAAAAAAAAAAAAAAAAAAAGAUAUUUUAACAUUUGAAGGGAAUUCAAAUAUGAUGGUGACCCCGCUGGAGUAUAAUGAGUCACCUGCUGCUUUCAUGAUGUCGUUCAAUGCAUUGCCUUUUUUUCUUUGUAAAGCAAACGUGGGGGAUUUUAAAAAGGAAUGGUCGGUUGUCCCAACCUCUAGAUUGAUAAUGUCCCUAUCUAUAGAUGCAUAUUUUUCAAAACAAGUGCCAGUGGAUGAUUUGUUUCACUCCAUAACACAACCAGCAAACAAUGUUUGCUUCACACACACACACACAAAAAGAGUUCAGUGUGAAAUAUGGGAUGAAACAGACGCAAAGGGGAGCAAAUCCAUCGAUAUAAACAGCAUAUCUGACUCACUCUGAACAAUAUAAAUACUGUAUUAAGCCUUAUUUUAUGCAUGUUUCUUUUGUGUGGGAGUGGAAGUGUGUAUGUCACUUUUUUUUUUUGUAUCAAUUCCAAUGUGUUUGUUCUCAUUUGCAGCUCAGAAGGCAGCACUUUGUCAGUGUUGUUAGUAUUCACAGAGGUACAAGGGUACAGGCCCACGGUGCUCGGUCUGCUGCCAGUGGGAGAUGUGAAUGUUUUACAGUCCAUGCUUGUCUACUGUACGUUUCCAGAUAAGCAUGUUAUUAUGAGCCUAAAACUAUACUGCAUUUUCACCGCAAAGUGGGAAAUUUCACGUCCAGUGUCAUUUUCUUUUCACUUCAGUUCCGUUCCAUUUCUACUCUCUGCUUUAUUUCAUUUUAUCCGGGGUUAAUAAAAUUGCUCGCCACAGCGAGGGAGCGACGCAUAAGUUCUGCCACUGAAAGCUUCAGAGGAAGUGGGUGGAAACUAAUCGACAGUAGCGGGGGUUUCUACUUUCAAAUCACUUUUUUAUAGCCUGUAGUUUACUAAUCACCUGCAGAUUAACUGUUUAUGCCGCAGAGCUCCGAUUCCAUUUGGCUUUUGCAUCGCAACAGAGCAGAGACGGAAUUAGCCUAUAAAAGAUCCUUUUUUUUGCAUUCAGUGCCUAUCAAAACUAAAUAGAUUUGAGGUCGUUUGUUGCAGCUGCUUUGUUUAACAUAUUCACGCCCGGAAUUAGACGAUGAAUAAUAGUGAAAUAUGACGUGGACUGCAAACAUCUUCGAAUCCAAUUAAUGAUGUACUGUAAUUUUUGUUGUGAGUGCAGUCAAUUUAUGCUAAUGUAGUGGCGACGUUAUAGCAGAGCUCCAGCGCCGUGAUAACAAACAGCAACGAUGCAGCUAUCCUUGGUCUUUCAAUCUCGUUAGAAGCUGCACGUUGUUAAAGUCAAAUGACGGCUAAAAUGGUCGAACAGCCCUUCUUUGUCCUAAAGGGCCCUAAAGAGAUCUGACUUUUGCAACUGAAGUCACUUGAUGACGACAAUUUUAAGCACAACAAUCAAAACAAAUCCAGUGGGAAAAUGAUUACUUGUCAAAUUAAAAUUACACACACGGAAAAAAAAAAAAGACUUAAUGCCCUUUUGAAAGCACAAGCUUAAGGUUUCGUUGGACUUAAAACUUUUCCCGCAUCCAUUAUUAUCAAACCACUGCCGCACUUGCUUGUCGGACAUGUUGGACAGAGAAAAAGCUCUCGGAUGGGAUUAAACAUUGUGUAUACCAGUAGAUGUAAACAUUGGCUUCAUGUUGUCGGGGUGUUAUGAAUAUCUAUUUUGUAAUACUGACUGUAACUUCAUUCCAUUCUAAUCUACUUUUUUGUAUUCAGUGUGUUCGACAUUCCGCUGUAAAUACUGUACAUACGGUCAAAAUAGUCGGGAUUUAUUUGUGGGGGCGGGGGGGGGGGGGGGGUGCGAUUGUGUAGGGGGACCCUGGUUGUGUAAAAAUAAACAUAUUUUGACUGCAAACGUGGCGACACAAUGGAUGGAUAGACGGCGUCGAUGACAUUGCGUAGCUUAUUUCCAAAGUCCCACCUAAAAAUGCUCCUCCAGUACGUUUUUAAUAUGCCACUAGUGGCUUCACUGUCAUAUAAAAAGGGGGUGACGCAUACAGUUUGUUGAUAAUAAUGUUAUUGAGAGAAAAUUAAAAGAGAGAAACUGUCUGUAUGCAGCCAUGUGAAUGUAUAUUUCUGAGGGUGUUACAAAUAUGAAAACAACAAAAAAAAAAAAUCUUGUUCAAUUGUGAUGACCCAGUGAAGUAACUUGUAUUUGUUUUAAGCAUUAAAAUGAGUUCAAUAGUCAA